GUAAGUGUUUUUGUCGUGUCUGUGGCUGUGAUAAUUUUGUUAAAUAAUUGAGUAUGCAAUAUAAAGUCGCAUUAAACGUAAAGAUAUUUAAUACAUACUACAUACAGUGAUGUGCCUGCCGCAAGAUAUAUGUACAUAUGUUUGGCCAUACAUAUGUAUGUGCCUCUUUACAUAUUUAACAAUACCUAUGAAAGUGACUAUAUGGGGACAGGUACGUGCUCAGUCGUUGUGCUAGAAUGAUUUUCUUUCCUCACUUUUCAUAAAUACGUAAAUAAUAUGCACAUCAUAGUGCUUGCUUGACAAAUUGUAAAAUGAACAAAUUGCAUGAUUUCUUGAGCAAAGUAUAUAAAUAGUAGAGAUGGUCUCUCUGAAAACACCAGUUUGGAGCGGGGCUUACAACAGAUUGUAGCCACAGACACAACGACACAACAAAUUGGAACCGCUAAAGGAUACUAUACCAUUCAAGAGCAUUAUGAAUGUAAAUUGCGUCGUAAUUCUGCAGAUCCUUUGCAUGACGGUUAUACUAAGUAAUACGAGCGCCAUACCCAAAUAUGACGAAAGUCAAAAAUUCCAUUCUGAAAAAAUGCAGCGUAAUCGAUCAUACUACAACGAUAAUAAGACACAGCUGAAUGAGCCGCAGACAGCCUCAACUAAAGAUAGACUUGAACGGCUGGGAUACACGACAGGCUACGGCUCUUUAAAUGGAUAUCCUGGUGGUACAGGACUAUCAGCGUAUAAUCCCAUAAAACUGGAUCUCGGUGGCGUAGUGUUGGGCACGCUGGUCGGCAUUGGUGCCAUUAUACUAAUACCCAAAAUUCUGUCGGCUUUUCAUGGUGGUUACGGAGGAUAUGGACGAAGUGAGGAUAAUGAUCUUACGUCUCUCAGCACAAUGAUAAGCAAAAUUGACGAUGUACUGAGUCAGAAUAAUAUUGAUUCUACCAGCUGCAUGCAGCGCACAGUUUGCGGGUAUGUUCGAUCAACUGAAUAUAACAUGAAGGGUGGAUCCUCGGACCAAAUGGACGAAUUUAUUCAUAUGCUUUCAGAAAAUGUAUUGGUGGACUACCUUUUGGAUGGGACGGCUAUAAAAGAGGCAUUGGAAAUUGGAAAGCGCGAAAACGAUAAACCAUGCGAAGAAGUGUACUCCAAUUGCCCUUUGGACAGUAAAUCCGCGUCAAAUAUUCUUCUAAAGCUUCUUCCUAAGAAAAACUCACACGGAAAGCGGACACCUGCUGUGAUUUUCGGAGAAAAGAAAGCAUAGCCAAUAUGAUUGGAUUUUUAAUAAGUUUUUUAUUUUUAGCAUAUUACAGGAACCAUUACAAAAAAUUAUUCCAUUAACAAAA